AUGAACGACGAGAUAAAACAUUUUCCUGAGAAUGUGCAAAAAUUGUUAGCAGAUGCAAGAAUACCAAUUAAACAAUUAAAACCAAUCUAUUAUGAAUUGACUAUUGGUGAACAAUUUCCUGAUGAUUCUAUUCGAUUGAUUGAAGUUAACAAUUCAUUAAUUGAAGAAUUAGAAAAGAGUAAAAAACUAGUCAUUCGAGGUGCUAACGAUGAUUUUGCCGCAUUAUGUACGUCAGAUCAAAUAUUCGAAAUCAAAUCUGCCGAAACAUCAAAUACAUUGUUACUCGCGAGUCCACUUGAUUCUUCAUCAGUGAAUAAAGAAAAUGGGUGUAUUGCAUUGACAGUAAAUUCUAUUUUACAUGCAAAACUUGAAUUAACACAAUGUGUACCAAGAUUAAAACGUAUAUGCCAAUUAUUUGAAGAAAAUCCAUAUCGGGGACAUUUCGAUGAUGAUAAUGAUAUUGAAAAUCCUAAACCAAAAAUUACAAUGGAAAAUAUAAAAAGCGAAGUACAAGCAAGUGAUCAAGCUAUUGAUGCAUAUUUAAAGAAGCUCAAUGUGGUUACAAUUGAUGGUUAUUUGCGAUUAUUGGAUUUUGAUUUUCGUACCAAACUUAUUGAAUACAUUUUUUCACUUCUAUCAAUUCAAGAUUGGUCAAAAGAUCAUAUUCCCAUUGACAGAUGUGCAACUGAAAUGAAAGAAAUAUGUCCGAAAUAUGUCGCAAAACAAUUUCUUGAACAAAUAGGUACUAUUUCAAAUGAUGGUAAUUCUAUUUCUUUGAAUGCAAAUACGAUUUCAACACAUUAUGCAUUAGAUCUAUUACGAAACUUAGAAAAAAUGAAAUUAUCCGAAUUCAUGACAUGCUGGCGAGAAUGCGUACCAUCGGAUUUUCCGAUCGAUUUAGAUCAGCUGAAAGGAUUUGUGAUUAUUUCUGAAGGUACUAUUUCGUAUAUUGAUACGGAUAAUCUUAGUGAAAAACCUUAUGAACGAAUGAAAACAUUAUUUUCUCGAAAGAAUACUUGGACACUAUCAGAAAUAGAACCAUUUUUAUCUAGUUUAACGACAUCCAACGCUGAAUUCAAUUCUUUAUUAGCAAUGCAUACACGUUGUAUUAUAAAAGAUGGACAAAAAUAUUAUGUCCCUAAAUAUAAUUAA